CGGGUUGGGACUAAUUAUAAAGUGGCGCGAGCCUCUGCCAGCCCACCACGGCGACGCGAGGCAGGCGCUCGGAGCCCGGCCCCCAGCGCGGCCCCGCGGCAAUUGGAGGACCGCGACGAGUGGUUCCUGGCGCCCGCGUUCUCCAGCCAGUCCUGCUCCAUCCGAAAAGCCGCAACCCCAUGGCGCGGUUCCUGAGACUCUGCGCUUGGCUGCUGGCGCUCAGCCCCGGGCUCCUGGCCCCCGUGCGGGCGGAAUGCAGCCAGGACUGUUCGUCGUGCAGCCGCCUGGCGCACCCGGUCGACAUCAACCCCCUGGCUUGCACACUGGAAUGUGAAGGAAAACUGCCUUCUCUCAAAACCUGGGGAACCUGCAAGGAGCUUCUGCAGCUCUACAAACUGGAGCUUUCCCAAGACCACACCAACACCCUCCAAGAAAAUGGCAAACAGGAGGAGAGCCAUUUGCUGGCCAAGAAGUAUGGGGGCUUCAUGAAAAGGUAUGGCGGUUUCAUGAAGAAAAUGGAUGAGCUUUAUCCUGUGGAGUCAGAGGAAGAGGCCAAUGGGGGUGAGGCCCUGGCCAAGAGAUAUGGGGGCUUCAUGAAGAAGAAUGCAGACGACGACGCCCUGUCCAACUCCUCAGAUCUGCUGAGAGAGCUGCUGGGAACAGGGGACAAUCGCGAGAGCAGCCACCACCAAGAGGGCAGUGAGGACGACGGAGAGGUGAGCAAGAGAUACGGGGGCUUCAUGAGAGGCUUAAAGAGGAGCCCCCAACUGGAAGACGAAGCCAAAGAGCUGCAGAAGCGAUAUGGCGGCUUCAUGAGAAGGGUGGGUCGCCCCGAGUGGUGGAUGGACUACCAGAAAAGGUACGGGGGCUUCCUGAAGCGCUUUGCCGACUCUCUGCCCUCAGAUGAAGAAGGUGAAAGCUACUCCAAAGAAGUUCCCGAAGUGGGGAAAAGAUACGGAGGAUUUAUGAGGUUUUAGCAUCCCCUCUCCUCGGUGACCCCGGGCCCCAGCAAGCCUUCCUCUCUCCCCCAGUGACAGACUGCCUCGUUCAUUGUGGUUUAUUGUCAUGUGUUACUUGCAUUCCAUAGUUUGCUCUAUUGACUGGAUAACUAUACAACCUGAAAGGUGUCAUUUCAGGUUCUGUGUUCUUUUUAGAGUCUUUUAAACUCAGUAUUAGUCUACUGCAGUUGUGUCGUUUUCGGCUGAAAUAAUUGCUGUUACCUUCUCCUUUAUUUUCAACAAAAACAUUAAUAAAUGCUUACGUGUAUAUAGAUAUAAUAAACCCAUUACCCCAACUGCA